AGCUGCCACAGCUCAAGAAGCUGCUCUCUCAGCGACGCAACAGUGACUCGACGACCGCUGUGCCACGAGGUGAAGGUGUUGUCUACCACACCAAAGCAGAGUAGUGUAAGGAUCUAGCUAGCAGCAACCUACUCCUGUUGCAGAACCGAACACACGGUUUUUACAUCAUUUCUGUCGUCACGAGAUCUGGCGUUUGUUAGCUUGCCUCUUGGUCAAUACUUGCGUUGUCAGCUUUGUUAGCUGGGACUAGGAGGGCUAAAAUUAGGCCUCAGAGUGGUGAGCCCUUAAUCUAAAGCCUCGUUUGCUGCAGGCAGUAUAUAUAUAUAUAUUGUUGUUGUUGUUUCAGUGUCAAUUAGGCUGACAAUACAAUAUUCAAACCACUUUGUUUCGUCCCUAAGAAUUUGUACAUCAGAGUCUGGAACGAGCAUGCCUGAAUCGCAUGAGAAAGUUAGUAAAGUUUAUGCUCAUAUUAAAUUAUGAGUGUUCAUUUUGGAUUUAAAUAUUUCUGAUCUUAUUACGGAAGUGUGGAUGAUCAAGGAAACUUGUGGAGUUUCAAAUAAAGGAAAAAAAACAACGCGAAGUGGGCCUUUAAAGUCGAUAUUAGAAGUUAGGGUUAAUUACAGGUUUAAAAAAAACUUUUUUGAUCCAACACGACGUCGUUGCAAUCUUGGCCCGAAGGCCACAAGAAGGUGGUGUUAUUAGCAAAAGGCGGGCGCUCAAACGACAGAAGGAAUCCCCACAUUGACCAGUACAUGUACCUCGUACCCCUGCCCUCGCGUGCUCAGUUGCCGCGUACCUCCGGCCUCGUGAACACGCCGAGGAAAUCGCUCGCUGGAACUUGGACUGAAACGCCAUAGACUUUAUCCGCCAUCAACCCCUCUACAUUCUGACGGUUAGUUUUUAAUAUGCAAAUAAGGUCAGCUUAUCAGUGAUUCAAGUGACAGAAACAACGCAGGUGCUGGGAUAAAUUACCCAGCAUGCAGUAGCGUCCGCCAUAUUUGUUGUUCCUGGUGUCCGUGUACAUUUGUCACGUCUUCGUUGACAUCGAAAAUCCGAUGAGAUGUCGCGAAGGAAGCAAGAAAAUCCGCAGCCCAGGAAGAGAUUAGUGACAGCUGACCCGGUCAUUGUUCAAGACGUGUUAACGUGCGGUGUGUGUCAGAAAGACUUCGCCUUAUCGGACAUUGUGAAAUUUAUCCAGCACAAAGUACAUAGUUGUAAUAAAGAAAACUGUGUGUACUAUGGCGACGAAGACUUUGAGAAGAGGGACGAUGGUGGUACUAGUAUCUUCCGUUCAAGACGGUCAAGCAUAUCGGCCACAUUGUGUAAAAAGGACAGCGAGUCGACCAUGUCAUCAAAAUACGAAGAAACGUACGGUGUUUCUAAGCUGUUUUUAGACCCCCAAAAAAACUCCAGUCCUGAUGUUGACCGAACGAAGAAUAGCUUUUCCAUUGACCCAGAGGAAGCUCUCAAAAAAAGGAAAAGAAGCCCGGUACAGCUACCAUCACCGGUAGAGGGCGCACACACGCCAAGACGUGUCGUAGAUGCUGACACUAAUACAACCUCCACAGAGCCGAGUAACCACGUGUGUUCAACGUGCAAGCAGAGCUUCACCUCAGCAUGGAUGCUGGUCCAACACGCUCAGAGAAUACAUGGCAUGAAGAUCUACGUGGAGACGAACAACAAAGAAAGGGCCUUAGUAGAAGUUUCCAGAUCAACACCAGUGUCAUUCUCCCCCACGAAUACCUCUUCCCCACUCGCUGUCCCUCCAGUAAGCCAAGAUCAACCAAUUUCCCAUUCUAUUGGCUUGGAACAUCUACCAUUUCCAAACUUACAACUGCCCCGAAUACCCCUGGGUGAACGACAGUUCGGCCCUGCGCUCAACACCCCCAAUUAUCUUCCCCGUCCAUCUAGUCAUGGCUUCCGAAUGGACCUCUUUAGUGACCAAUACCACCGACUAAACCAUCUUGGAGGAAUAGGUCUCAGUCCCUUCGACUCGUAUAACCCUUUCGAUAGAAGUCGUUUUGAUAGACCACGACCACCUCACAUAGGUUUAAGUUUUGAAUCACAUCUGGAUUUUUAUUCUCAAAGACUCAGACAAUUAGCAGGAGCGACAAGUCCUAAUCCCACUCCUUCACGAAAGCUUACUUCUCCAUAUGCUCAUCCUGUGACUUCCAACCAGCCUUCCCCUCACCCUUCUACACCAUCAAGCACGCCUCAACCAAUUUCUACCCCGCUAUUAUCCCAGUCUAUGUCACCCACGCCACCUCAAAAACCUGUAGACCAAUCAGAAUCGUCCAGAUGCAAGUCUUGUGAGUUCUGUGGAAAGUCCUUUCGGUUUCAAAGCAAUUUGAUCGUACAUCGUAGAUCCCAUACGGGGGAGAAGCCAUUUAAGUGCCACAUUUGUAAUCAUGCUUGCACUCAAGCUAGCAAACUCAAACGACACAUGAAAACCCACUGGAAAAGUUCCCCAGAUUCAGCAGAAAAUGCCAGUGUUUGCUCGGCUAGAUCCACACCAGAUUCGACUGCUAAAGAUGGUGGACAAAACAAUGAUGGUGAAGACGAAGAUGUAUCUGAGGAGCAAGCAGAAAACGAGAAUGAAGAAUUGGAAGAUGAGGAAGAGUUAGAAGAGGAUUCUGAAGAGAUAGCAGCUGAAGACUUGACAACGAAAGGUUCUACGAAGAACUCUUCACAUUCAUAUAGUGGAAACGAGAACGGCGACAAGAAUUCAUGCACGGAACAACCCACUAUACCUCAAGCACGCCAGUCUCUCUUGGGAGAAGUUAUGGAGAAAAUUGGACUUAAUGACAUUCAGCAGUAUAACGAAGCCUAUAAGCAAGCUCUGGAAGAAAACAGAGUUGGAAGAUCUUUGGUUAAAAAAGAGAGACCAUCUUCUGCUCCUAUGGACAGAUCUCCUCCACGAAAAUCCACCAUUCUGCCAGAAAAUGGGCUGGACCGACCACACCUGGAAGAAGGCAAUAAUGCACUUGGUCAGCCACCGCUUAACCUACGCCAAAGUGUUUUACCUGCUUUUGAUAGCCAUUUCGAAGACAAGAAACGAUUAAGGCUCGAUCUCGGGGAUCACCAACGAGAAAAUCUCUACGCUGGACUUUGGCUACCUUCUGUAAAUUCCAGUCGCCGUAACCUUUUUCUUGGGAGUGUGACCUCUUCAGAAACUGAUCAAAGAUCAACCAGUGAAAGUGCCUUGUUGGCGGUGACGUCCCAUCUUCCAGGAACCAGCACCCCAAUAUCUACCCUUCCUUCCAAACCUAAAGAGAAAAUGAGAAAUGACACGUGCGAGUUCUGUGGAAAAGUGUUCAAGAACUGUAGCAACCUGACGGUCCAUAGGCGAUCUCAUACUGGGGAAAAGCCGUAUAAAUGUGAACUCUGUAGCUACGCAUGCGCACAGAGCUCUAAACUUACCCGGCACAUGAAGACUCAUGGUCGGAUGGGUAAGGAUGUUUACAGAUGUCGCUUCUGCGGAAUGCCUUUUUCGGUACCAAGUACACUCGAAAAACACAUGAGAAAGUGCGUAGUCAACCAGAACGCUUACUUAACGGAUAGGGACACUGACUCUAGGGACAAUAGCACCUCAGGUAUGCUACCAGAAAGGGAUUCCGCUCCAAGUUUAACAACUGGUAGGGAUUCAGACUCGAGGGAAACUUCGUGAAACAUUUAACAAUUAAAUAUUUCGAAUCUGUUGAAUUAUUUCAGUUACGUUUUUGUUUUUAUUCCUACGGGACUUUGGGUCUGAGAGUAUAAGUGUAACCCGAGUGUCAACAUUCUCCCAUCAUAGCUCAUAAGAAUACAACAGCUGUUCAGAACUUUCGUUGUGAUCCAAAUGGGCCAAAAAAUGUUGUCUUAGAAAGAAGUUCCUUUCAGCACAAACAGUUAUCGUGGUGCCACGAUAUAAAAAUAUUGGCGAAGUCGACACAAAACACUUGAAAGAUAUUCAGAAACAAAAUCUGAUAUAUAUAUCACAUCUGAGACUGUCCUUUAUGUUUCAAUUUCUCAUAUGAAGUAUGACGUACUUUACGGUGUACUUGUGUUCAAUUCUUUUGCCAAUCGGAUAGCAGCAACAAAACUACAUAUUCGAUUCCUGACAAGAAGAUCUUCAAUUGAAACCCUGGCCAAGCCAGUGGGGAUUAUUCGACGUCACUUCCGGUCAUCCGAAACUAGCAGUUUAACUUAACGUCAUUUCCGGGUUUGACAAUCAAGCUGACGUCUCACACUAGUAAUUUAACCUAGAGUUAUUGAGUUUAUAGAGUAAAACUAGUGUUUUGUACUUGUGCUAAAAUAUAAUAUAACAUUUUAAUUUCCCACUCUUGAUACGUGCAGUUUGUAUGUAGAUGUUUUCUUAAUUUAUGUAAAUAACGAGGUAUUCUUUGAAAAUGGCGGGAAUUCAGGUAUCCACAUGAUUUACGUAAGUGCCUAGAUGUUAGGGGGUUACGAAGUUCGUAUCCAAUUUCAUCCUUAAGAUAGCUAAGAAUUACAUCUAGGAGGCACAGGCGAGCUCUCCGUUCACAGCACAAAUUUAUUUAUUUCGCUCAAAAUGAUGCCAAACCUCAAUUCUCGCCAUUAUGGAUUUGAAACUUUAGAAAAUGAGAAUCGUACGAUGUUGAGUGAACACUGCACCACUCACUGCCUUCUGUUAGUGAUUAACUUCCUGUCCACGUGAGUGUUUGUUUUCCUUUUCACCACCAACAUCCAACUCGUUAAGAAUGAAAGGAAAAGAGUGUUAGCUAGAAGUAAAUAAUUGAAGCUGGAAACGUAAGAAAUCUUCACGGAAUAUACCUAGCUAUAUGCUACGUGUUUUUUUCUUCCCCCAUGUUGUAUGUAGAAGACAGAACACCACACAAAUGCCUUGUUCAGUAGUAUAGAAGUGUGAUCAGGCCUCCUAGUGAAACAUUUAAAAAAAUCUAUGUUCGCUGUAGUCCUCUUUUCAUCUUUAUUUCAACUCGAAACGGCCAGAAACCUUUGAAAACCUAUCAAUUUGAAGGUAACCCUAAAUUCUUUUACCAAAACAGUAGCUACAGAAUUUUGGUAUGUAGCCAUGACAUUACUAUAAUUAUCCAAUACGGGAUCCAUGAAAUUUUGUAACAUAUUUGAUGCAGAAGAAUAAUUUAGGUUACAGUAUCAGCAUUAUGGGAACUUUAACAAUAAAAUCUCUGUCAUUAUAUACAAAAUAAUGGAAAUUUUACAGAUGGGUAUAUAAAUUCACGUUUAUUAUUUGCCAAUUAUAAAUUAUUUAUAUGUAUUUUGGUUUAUAAAACCGUUAUUUAUUCUAUAUUUUCUAAAAAAAAAGAAGCUUUAAAAACUAUUUUUUCAGUGGUCCACUGGGAGGCUUGUAUGUUUAUAUCAGAAACAGGAGCAAAAGUUUAAACAUAAAAUAUUCAUUUUCUAAAUUAAAUUUCUUAUGAGUUCAAUAAAACUGCAUCAAACUAGAGAAAUAUGUCGAUUUUUUUUAUUUAGCAUUUCUCUUAAGCUCUCGUCUCGUGUGUGUUGCUGUACUUGCCAAGUGCAAAUAAACUGGUAUUUAUGAUGUAAGGGACUAACUUAAAAAUAAGAAACGUAAGAAAAUAACUUACGCACUUUGUUCGACAAAAUAGAGCUAAGCGUUGAACGUUUGUUACUUGAAACAUACAGAAAAAAAACCUUGUCGACCUGAAGUCAGUUAAUUUACGAUCAUUUGUCAAGAAAUUUGCUAACAUCAGUACAGUAGAUAAAUAUCGUCAAGUGAGAAUGAAGUAGAAGAGAGAUGGUAGUUAGGCGCGUGAAGUCACUGACAAGAGAUUAUCACGUGUACUGGGUUCCUUGCUCACGACGACACCUUUAGGUGAGGUUUUCAAAUGUUUCCGAUAUAAAAGGUCGGUUUCAUAAACUGACAGCUGAAGCGCGUGGAAACGUUGUUGUUGUUUCGUUCAAUCUCUGUUGUGACGUUUGUGUUUGGAUAAAAAUUAGUCAGUUGUAAUAGAAAGACGUGGAUUUCUUUCAAAGUUAGGUUAGCCGCGAGAAGUUUUAAUGUUAGGGUUUAGUUAUACUUGUACAUAUACCUGACUUUUAUUGUUCAAUUGUUAAGAAGAGAACAAUAUCAUAAUCAUUCUGUGAUCAUUAGAACUUGAAGCCUGUUUACACACUGCACGUUUUCUUCCUCCGAUCUAAUAAAAUGAUCCUGUACCAGAGGUGAUGUAAAUAAUGAUUUUCAACACCUCAAAUUAAUUUAAAAAAAGAAAAGAAAAAAAUUACAUUUUCAGAUUUAUUGUUUCAGUAGCUGGAUGAUGAAGAAUUCAGUAACACGGUAUUCUGGUCUCAUCUUCCACCUGGUGUGACAUCAGUUUCUAAACUGUAAAUAGACAUGAUCCGAAAUGUCUAGUGCCUUUCGCCACACACUCUAAAACACAAAACAAUCUGUACACUCACUAACAUCGUUUCUGGUUUAUCUGGGUUUUAUAACAUAAUACGUGGACAGAAAGGUGUGAUGGUUUUGUUCAUUUCCAAAUAAUUUCAUUAUAAUUUGUUCACCUCCGCAACAAGUAUCUAGAUGAGCUCUUUUGUUGUUUCUAAAUAUCAUAACACGAUAUUCGGUACUCUGUAUUUAAAUAACCCCCGAAACACAUCUUCUGUAGUAAAAGUUUUAAGUCUGUUAUUGAGGAAUGAACUUCCAGAAAAAUAAACACACGCAGUUUUUUUAUUACAAUGCUACAUCUAUAAACUGUGAUUCAGCGGUAAGUCUGAGGGCUUAUAACGCUAAAAAUUGGGUUUCGAUACCCGCAGUGGGCAGAGUACUGAUAGCCCAUUGUGUAGCUUUGUGUUAAACAACAAACAAACGAAUCCAGAUACUUUUUUGCGACACUUUGCAUACUUUCCAGUUAUUUGCACGUGAACAAAUUAUCACACGUGAUUCGAAUCAAACCAACAUCAUAAUCAUUUGUUGUUGUUUUUUUUUUGUUUUCUGUUUCUGACUUGUUUUAUUAAUUUUGUUCAACAAUUCCUUAGUAAAUUGGUAAUGUAGGUUAGUUAAAAAUUGUGCUUUAUUUUAACUUGCUUUGCUUGACUGUGUUGACGUUGUUGCUUUAAAUUGUUGAGAUUUUGCGCAAAUAUUUGUUAGUGUUAUGUGUAUAAAAAUUAGAAAACGAACAGUAACUUACGACUCAUGUUCUAAUAUAAAUUUGUACAUUCUGAAGUCGCGAAAGUUCUUAAAGGCUACUUACACUUUAUGGAAAUGCCUCCAAGAUCCGGCGAAGAAAUUUGUUUGAAAAUCUAUUUACCAAAUCAACAAAUGCUGAUCAUUCAGACAGUAAAGUGCAAACUAGUGAUAUAUCAACUGUUCUGUUUGUUAGCCACAACCCUUAAGAAAUACCAGUGUCGACGUCUGUUUUAUCCAGAAGUGACGAAACCCAAACAUGGAUGAAGACGUGUCAGUUUCUUCUUGACAUACCAGCUCAAUUAAAUAAUUAUUAUUACCAUAGAGACAGUAAUGAUGCGUUACCAUAGUGACAAUGAUAAUACGUUUCCAUGGGGAUAUUUAUAAUACGUAUUAUCUGUAUAAAUAUGUGCUCUGAAAAUAUUGAUCUUAUGUUUGCCCUCUGGUGGAUAUUUAUAGGAUUGUUUUAAUUAUAGUACUUUGUUUGUUUAUUUUUCUGUUAAAUUGUUUAAUCAAUGUCAUCCUAACCGGCUUAAUAAGUUUUAACUUGUAGUAAUAAUAUUCAAGAUUAUUUGUAAUGGUCUUCACCUGGUUCAGAGGUUGUAUCGUUUUUCCAUCUUGUCGUAAUAAGAGUGUUCUUCAGGGCACACCAAAUUGUGUGUGUGUUUGGUUCAGUAUUAGGUUUGGUUGUUCAACUCCUGGCAUGCAUGUUUUAUGUAUAUUAAUAUGUUGUGAAAACAAAUUUUAUUUAUGAAUCGAACUUUAUAAAUUAAAACGUCA